AAUUAUUUUAUCUCCGAAGGAAUAUGAAUUGAUGGAUGAGCUCGGUAUUCCUUCAUCGAUGCAUCCCGCUGCACCUACUCCAGUUUUUAACUCAAAGACCUUUCCGAGAAAAAGACGUUUGACAUACGAGGACGUUGAGGAUGUUGGAAAAAGUGCAGCAAUGAAGGAAAGUCCAGCAAUGAAGGAAAGUCCGCGGCGUUCUAGUCGUUUGAUUGGGAAAUCCGGGGGAAUCGAAAGAAAGAAGGACAAUCAUUUGGAUGAUGUUGCAGAAAAUACACCAGCUACUCCGGCAUUAUCUAAAAGUACUGUGAAGACACACAAUUUGGCUGCCAUACAGGAAAAUGCAAACACUAAUAGCAAUGCCUUCGUGAGGUUGCUUAUGGAGAUGAUGGAGAAACUUGACAAGUUAAGUCAGAAAUUAGACAAGAUAGAUGUCAAAGUUGACCAUCGAGAUGCGACUUUACACGAGGUUGUGUUAGCAUGUAUUCGAGGUUACUUUGAGAAGAAGGCAAGUAGUCAUCCGGGAAGAUUCACUGGAGAGAAAAACAGCCCACUGCAGAAAACAGAUGAACACAAAAGUAAUGUAAACGUUGUUGCAGGCCUAUGUGAAUCAUCGACAUUUCAGAAUCUGGAUGACCCAUUUUUAGGUAAAAAAGGAGAUCAACACAAGGUAUCCAACACUGAAUGGUUCAGUACGGAAUGGUUGUUGCAAGAUCCUUUGCUGAUUGAUGAUAUUAAUUAUCAACAGCGGCUGAAGCCGGUUCCUUUAACCGAUAAUCCAAUGAAGAAAUCUUUGUUCGGUGAUGAUUCGAAGAGCAAAUCUGAUGGAUUUAAAGAGAAAUCAUUCUUUCCACGUACUUCUACUUGUUUUGGACACACGGUGAAGACCAAGGCAAGAAACAGCGAAAAAAUGCCUGUCUAUACAGAUAACUUACUGCCUUUCCUCAAUUUGGAUGCGACAACGUCAUCGAGCCAUGGUAGGGGUCAGAAUAGCUCCACAGUUGCCAUCAAGUUUGAUCCUUCGGACUUGGACUUCAAGUAUGCCGAGCUCAAUCCAUUUCUUCGUUGGCAAAAGGCGGCUGCUGGUGGUGAUCGGCGGUAUGAUCGAAGGCUUCCCAUUAAAAUAUUACGCGUUGCCGAUUAUGAAUGGUUUGAUGAUAUCUUAAAAAGCAAUGGAUGGCUAGAGAGCGAGCAUAUUAAUGCACUUAUGUAUCUGCUGCUUGUUGGUUUCAACAAACAAGAAACAAAUCGAAUAAUCAGAGAUUGGUCAUGUGUGGAAAUGGUUUGCUGGUUGGCCUUGCGUAGUGAUAACUUAGAGGAAAUGGUGGGUAUAAUGAUGCCGUAUGUCCGUGGUAGUCUUCCUUUCAUUGGUGGUUUGGAAUGGAUAAAUGCUACACGUGUAUUUGGUGUUGCACACAUCAAUGGAAACCAUUGGUGUUUCUAUGAGAUUUGUAUCCCUGACCAGCGCAUUGUUGUUUACGACUCUCUCAACUACGACUGGGAUACCGUAGCAGCGCAUUUUGUGAAUGUUCGAACGAACCUGCCUAUUCUUUGCCGUUUGGGAAGAGUCUGGGAACGCUGCAACUAUUCAAAUGCCCUCGUCGACAGCUGGGAUGUCGUGAAGUUUGAGAACGCGCCACAACAAACCAAUCACAGCGACUGUGGAAUCCUUGCAAUGAAAUAUAUGGAAUGUCGUGCAUACGGUGUCCCUCUUGACAGCAUAAAACCUGAACGGGGAGCUAUCUUUCGACGUCGUUACGUGGUAAGGCUGUUUGAAUCUUCAUAUGAACCUUGACUCCAACAUAUGUUUGAUUAUAGGCAGUGAUUGAAAAUCCUUGUAUAGGUAUGAAGGAUUUUUUUUUUUUGUGCUAGGAAGCAUAGGUAUGAGCUGUAAAUAUUUUGGUACAUGCUUGUUCAUAGCUUUCAUUUUGGUUUUAGGAAGCAUAGGUUGCUGUAAUUUUUUUG